UCACUUUAUUAAUGGUGAGAGAAGUGAGUAGUAAAGCAGUUACAUCGUUGCGUUAGCGCUUAGCAGCCUCACAUUUGACAGAGGGGUGGCUUUGGAGAGGUUAGUCAAAUAAAAGGAGUGGUGCACGUUAUCCACCCCCGAGAGUGCGAGAGGAGAGAGAAUGACAAUCUCUGUUUUCUCAGUUCCGACGCCUCAGUUGUGCGGCUACAAAAACUCGUGGCCAACUCCAACCUACCCUUCUCUUUCUUUUUCUUCUUCGAAGUUAACUGUUACACUGUGCUCUCCUUCGCCUCCAACUUCUGUUAUCGAUGAGGGUACUUCUCCUGCUCCAGACGAUAUUCCCCUUGUUGAUCGCUCAGAAUUCGUGAGAGAGCAACUAAUUCGAGGUGUUUUUCACAGCGGUUGUAAGGCAUGUGGAAGAGAAGAAAUAGAGCAAGGAUGCAAUGGUGAAGGAAGGAUUCAGGGUGGAAUUGCAACAGUACCAGGGUUUGGGUGGUGGCCUAUAAAGGCUUACAGGCCAUGCCCUGCAUUUGUGGCAUCGGGUGGUAGGUAUAGGCGGCAAGGACAAAGCAUGGACGAGGUUGUCUCUGGAAGUGGUAAAACAUCCACAAUAGGAACUGCCAGCGACUCCAAGAAAAGUAACAAAAAGGAAAGUGCGAAGAAAUCUAAUAGGUAAAGUGGUUGGGAGGACUAUUCAACUUUGAGGUGACAAAAGCAAAAGCUACAAAGAAGAAGGUAUAAAGAAAAUGUUGAUGUUCUGGUCUGCUACAAAUGGUAAAUUCAAUAUUGUGUAAGGAUUGUGGAAAUCUGUGUACGUCUUAUAAAUGCAUUGGUAAAUAUGGUGAUGUCAUGAAAUCAUGCAUGCAUUGGUAAAUAAUUUCUCUGAA